AUGGGGGAAGCAGUGCAUUAUGAGUUGUCCCCUAGCCCGACAAAUAAUCGGGACUCAGGUUUACUCCCUCAGGCUACUCGGCCUAUUUCAGGGUCUGGCUUGCCAUUGAUCGGGACUGGAGAUUCAGACUUGGGUGGUGAUAUCUCAUCCAGCUCGCAAGACUCCAAUGAAGACAGUCCGUCCGGAGACCUGAGGAUUGAUGAGCGUCAAACAUCACCAGGAGCAAGCGCAGUAGAGGAACGCGUCAGCAGGAGCUGUGAGGAUGAAGCAUAUGGCGGUGCCGCGGCAGCAGCUCCAGAAGCAGCAGCAGAUGACGAGGAUGACGACUCCGACAGCAACUGCGGCCAUCUUGUUUAUGACGUUGUACGUAGUGAUCAAGAGAGUACCGUGACCAAUGCCGAGACCACAAGCGCCGAGCCACACGAUGCUCAGGCAGCUGCUAGAGAAGCAGCUGAGAAACAUGAACUGGAAAGGCAAGGGAGUGCGAGACGGAUGGGGCCGGUGGCUGGCCUCUUGGAAACUGCCGGCAAGAAAAUAACGAGCGUCGCAGGAAAAUCUGAUGUGGCAGCAAACCCAGCACCAGAAGAAGCAGCGGGUGAGACUGCUGCCAGCAGUUCAAAGGCACCUCAACCUGAGAAAGGCAGGCGUCAUUUCACGAAGUUGGCCUUGGGGGACUCGAAUUCUCCCCACUAUAGAAAAUUGGGAAAGCCUUAUGACUUUCCGCAUCUCAAGGCAUUA